GUCGCUGCUUCUGCGCGUCCGGUCUUGCUCCAUUGCUUCGCCCCUGGCCUUUGGCCAGUGGACCCGUCCUGAGGGUGGGGGCCGAGACGCGCGCACUCGCGGGAGCCGUCCAGUGGAUCGGCGGCUUCUUCCCACGGGGCGACCAGGAGCUAGAGAUGCUAUUAUGUUGUCAUUUUAUCGAGUGUGAGAAGUCAGCCCAGAGAUGGAAAACUUCAUUCUGUAUGAGGAGAUUGGCAGAGGAAGCAAGACCGUUGUCUAUAAAGGGCGACGAAAGGGGACGAUCAAUUUUGUAGCUAUUCUUUGUACUGAUAAGUGCAAAAGACCUGAAAUAACCAAUUGGGUCCGUCUCACCCAUGAAAUUAAACACAAGAAUAUUGUAACUUUUCAUGAAUGGUACGAAACCAGCAAUCAUCUCUGGCUAGUAGUGGAACUCUGCACAGGUGGUUCCUUAGAAAUGGUUAUUGCUCAGGAUGAAAACCUUCCCGAAGAUGUUGUGAGAGAAUUUGGGAUUGACCUGAUUACUGGAUUACAUCAUCUUCAUCAACUUGGCAUUCUCUUUUGUGACAUUUCUCCUGGAAAGAUACUCUUAGAAGGGCCUGGCACAUUGAAGUUUAGUAAUUUUUGCUUGGCAAAAGUGGAAGGUGAAAAUUUGGAAGAAUUCUUUGCUUUGGUGGUAGCAGAAGAAGGAGGAGGUGAUAGCGGAGAAAAUGUACUGAAGAAAAACAUGAAAAGUAGAGUCAAAGGAUCUCUUAUAUAUGCAGCACCAGAAAUUGUGAGGGGUACUGACUUCUCCACCACCAGUGACCUCUGGUCUUUGGGGUGCCUGCUCUAUGAAAUGUUUUCAGGAAAACCACCAUUCUUCUCAGAAAGUUAUUCAGAAUUAGUUGAAAAGAUUUUUUAUGAAGAUCCUUUGCCCCCUGUUCCAAAAGAUUCUUCUCUUCCUAAAGCUUCUUCAGAUUUUAUUAAUUUGCUUGAUGGUUUACUUCAAAAAGAUCCUCAGAAAAGGUUAACUUGGGCGGGCCUACUGCAGCAUUCAUUUUGGAAGAAUGCUUUCACUAGAAAAGAUCAAGACUCAAGCACUGAGGAUUCCAACGUCAGCAGAAACGUGGUGGAGUGUUCUGGUAUACAAGAUUCCAAGGAGCUUUUGAGGAGCCCUCAGAGUGGACAAGCAAAAGGGGAGAAGAGUGGUCAGCGACUGAGUCACUCUUUCAGACUAGAAAAUCCAACUGAGUUGAGGCCUAAGAGUACUCUUGGGGGUCAACCGAGUGAGUCCAUGUUUCUUCUCAGUUCUCGUCCUACUCCAAGAACCAGCACUGCCCUGGAAUUGAGUCCUGGUGAGGAUAUGACUCAAAAUUCACCACAGAAGACUUCUCCUGUGACCAAGAUUACAAGUGGACACCUGAGUCAGCAGGACCUCGAAUCCCAGAUGAGAGAGCUUAUCUACACAGACUCAGAUCUUGUCAUCACCCCAAUUAUCGACAAUCCGAAGAUAAUGAAACAACCACCAAUUAAAUUUGAUCAAAAAAUACUGCAUCUACCAGUACAUUCAGUGGAUAAAUUAGUAUUUCUCAAAGACCAAGAUUGGAAUGACUUUUUGCAACAAGUUUGCUCUCAGAUCGACUCUGCUGAGAAGAGCACGGGAGCCGCCCGAGCCAAGCUGAAUCUCCUUUGCUAUCUGUGUGUGGUGGCCAGUCACAGGGAGGUGGCCACCAGGCUCCUCCAUUCCCCACUGUUCCAAUUGCUAAUCCAGCAUUUGCGAAUAGCUCCAAACUGGGAUAUAAGGGCCAAGAUUGCUCGGGUGAUUGGUUUACUGGCCUCGCACACAACUGAACUCCAGGAAAAUACACCUGUUAUUGAGGCAAUUACUCUUUUAACAGAGUUAAUUAGGGAAAACUUCAGGAACAGCAAAUUAAAACAGUGCCUUUUACCAACGCUUGGAGAGCUGAUCUAUCUUGUAGCCACCCAGGAAGAAAAAAAAAAGAACCCCAGAGAAUGCUGGGCUGUUCCCUUGGCUGCAUACACAGUGCUAAUGAGGUGCCUUCGGGAAGGGGAAGAACGUGUUGUGAAUCACAUGGCAGCAAAGAUUAUUGAAAAUGUCUGCACUACCUUUUCUGCUCAGGCCCAGGGCUUUAUUACAGGAGAAAUUGGACCUGUUUUGUGGUACCUAUUCAGACAUUCCACUGUGGAUUCUCUUAGGAUAACAGCAAUAUCGGCUUUGUGUAGAAUCACUCGCCAUUCUCCGACUGCCUUCCAGAAUGUUAUUGAGAAAGUGGGUCUGAACUCAGUAAUAAACUCCCUGGCCUCUGCCAUCUGCAAAGUUCAGCAGUACAUGUUGACCUUAUUCACUGCUAUGUUGUCCUGUGGGAUUCAUCUGCAGAGACUAAUCCAAGAAAAGGAUUUUGUCUCUACAGUUAUCCGUUUACUUGACAGCCCCUCAACUUCCAUUAGAGCAAAGGCCUUCCUGGUUCUUUUGUAUAUUUUGAUUCAUAACCAUGAGAUGCUGCUGCUCAGCUGCCAAGCAAGACUGGUGAUGUACAUCGAGAGAGACAGCAGAAAGACCACUCCAGGCAAGGAGCAGCAGAGCGGCAAUGAGUACCUGUCCAAAUGCCUGGGCCUUCUCAUCCGUCACAUCGUGCAGGAACUGCCACGAGUCCUGGGUGACAUUCUUACUGCCUUGGCUAACGUUUCUGGUCGUAAACACCCAUCAACGGUUCAGGCAAAGCAGCUGAAGACAUGUCUACCCCUGAUGCCCAUAGUGCUUCAUCUCGUAACUUCGCAGGUAUUUCGACCUCAAGUUGUAACAGAAGAGUUCCUUUUCAGUUACGGAACUGUUCUUAGUCAUAUUAAAUCGAUAGACUCAGGAGAAACUAACAUAGAUGGAGCCAUAGGACUGAUGGCAUCGGAAGAAUUUAUCAAGAUCACGUUGUCAGCUUUUGAAGCAAUAAUCCAGUAUCCUAUUUUAUUGAAAGACUAUUGCUCUACGGUUGUUGAUUAUAUCCUGCCACCCUUGGUCUCCUUGGUUCAAAGCCAAAAUGUGGAGUGGAGACUCUUCAGCUUGCGGUUGCUCUCAGAAACCACAUGUCUGCUCGUGAACCAGAAGGUUGGGGAUGACAAGAAGGAGGCAAAUGUCGAUUCUGACAGCAAUCUUCUGGCUCUCAUUAGAGAUGUUUUACUUCCCCAGUAUGAGCACAUUCUCUCGGAGCCUGACCCAGUACCAGCAUAUGCUCUGAAACUGCUGGUUGCCAUGACGGAACACAAUCCAGCUUUUACCAGACUUGUGGAAGAAAGCAAACUGAUCCCGCUCAUUUUUGAAGUAAUUCUGGUGUCAUAUCCAAAAAAAUAUUACCAAGAUCCAUGUCAAGAACAUCAGGAGAACAUUCUGGGUAACACCAUGCAAAGUGUGAUUGCAUUGCUCAACAAUCUGGUUGCCUGCAAAGAUUUGAAUAUGAAGCUGCUUUAUGAACAAGGCCUGGUCCAUCAUGUGUGUAACUUGUUCACCGAAACUGCCACACUAUGCUUGGACGUGGACAAUAAAAACAACAAUGAGACGGCUGCCGCGCUGCUAUUUUCGCUGCUUGAUAUUUUGUACGGCAUGCUGACCUACACAUCAAGUAUUGUACGGCUGGCUCUGCAGGCACAGAAGUCUGGGUCAGGAGGGGACACUCAGGCUGCAGAAGACCUGCUGCUGCUCAGCAAACCUCUGACAGACCUCAUCAGCCUGCUCAUUCCACUGCUUCCUAAUGAGGAUCCUGAAAUUUUUGAAGUCUCAUCCAAGUGUCUGUCUAUACUGGUGCAGCUGUAUGGCGGGGAAAACCCAGACAGCCUGUCUCCUGAAAAUGCAGAGAGCUUUGCUCAUUUACUAACAUCCAAAGAGGACCCAAAGGAGCAGAAGCUUCUGCUGAGGAUUCUCAGAAGAAUGAUCACCUCCAAUGAGAAGCACCUGGAGAGCCUCAAGAAUGCGGGCAGCCUCCUGCGCGCUCUGGAGUGGCUGGCCCCAGCUGUUCGUCUGCUGACAGUGCUGUGGCUUCCUUGGCCCUGGAAAUCCUCCAAGCUGUUGGACACUAGGCAAGAAGGCACUUGGCAUAAGCCUGCCCUACGGCACCAACCCUUGGCUACACAGGCAAGGUCAGCUCCCAAGCACAUUUGCCACAUGGCCACCUACAGCUGUAUUGGGGCCUAAUAAAGUCAGCUGAACCCAGAA